AUGAGCUGUGACGAGAUGAGCCGCCGCCGCCGCCGCCGCCCACGCUCGCCGCCGCCGCCGCCCGCGCCGGUGCCGCCGCUGGAGGACGACAACCUGCUCUCCGAGAUACUCCUCCGCCUCCCGCCAGAUCCGCCCUCCCUCCCUCGCGCCUCCCUCGUCUCCAAGCGCUGGCUCGGCCUCGUCUCCGACCCCGGCUUCUGUCGCCGCUUCCGCCUCCACCACCGCCACAACCCUCCUCUCAUUGGUUUCUUCGAGGGCUUCCGUUUCCAACCUACGAUGGAUCCCCCCAAUCGUGUCCCGGAUGGCCACUUCUCCGUGCGCAUCGACACCGGCGGCAUGUUCAGGAAUUUUGGAUCCCGCCAUGGCCUCCUACUCACCUUCCACGGAACAGGGAACCAGCUCCUGGUGUGGGACCCCUUCAACGUCGCCCAGCACCGCGUAGCCGUUCCCCCAGGGUUCGAUGAGAAGAAGCACUUUAUCAGUGGGGCGGUGUAUCGCGCCGCCGGAGACAUCCAACACUUCCAGGUGGUCUUGGUAAGCGCAGAGACAGACGAGCUUCAGCAUAGACAGGUCAUCGCCCGCGUUUACUCGUCGGAGACUGGCGCAUGGGGUGAUCGCAUCUCAACACCAUGUUCAUCCAAACUUCCCACCAAUAUGGGCUUUAGUCUGAGUGUGCUAGUUGGGCAUUCCCUUUACUGGUUGUUCGUGGACAUAUCGACUGGCAGAGUGGAUGGCAUAGUUGAGUUUGAUUUGGAGAUGCAGAUCCUAGCUGUGAAACCGAUGCCAGUCGAUAUUGCCAAGGAAAAACAGGGCAAAUUCCAGCUUAUGCGGGCAGAGGGCGGUGGCCUUGGUAUUCUCUUUCUGUUAAAAUUCAGCGCCCAGUUAUGGAAGAUGGAGACCGAUUCUGAUGGUGUUGCAUCAUGGGUGCUCGGAAGAACCGUUGAACUGGACAAGCUACUUCCCUUGAAUCUAGAAGAGGAAGAGAACUCAGAAGAGGAGGAGUGCUCAGAAGAGGAAGAUAACGAGUUCCCAUUCCCAGGUAUACAAGGGUUUGCUGAAUACAAUAAUGUGGUUUUCCUGUGGACACAUAUCCACAACUUCACAGUCCAGCUUGAGUCACUGCAGUUCAAGAAAGUGUCCAGAACACACAUGCUGGCUCGCUAUCAUCCAUUUGAAAGUGCCUAUGCUGCAGAUGCUUCUCAAGAUGAGAUACGUUACGUUUGGAAAUUGAGACAACUACAUGAAAGAAAAAACAGCAUGAACCAAGUGAGAUGUCGAAUAGGCGUGGGACGUCGUGCGGACGAGCUUGUCAGCACUGGCACCCGGGCUGCCAAAGCAACACCGGCGCCCGAGCAGCAAGGCCCGAGCGACCAACGGAGCAGCGGCGCCCGAGUUGAGGCGGCCGACGAGCCUGACGCAGCCGUCCCGACGCAGCCGAGGACGAGGCCGGCGAGGUAGACCGCCGGGCCGUCAUGCAGACGCGGCGGAGGCGGGUGAUGUGGAUCGAUGGGCGGGUCGGCGCGCGAGCGACGGCUAUGAUUGGUUGUCGCAUGGCGCGAGGCCGUCGGGUCGGGGAGAUGCAGGUGUCCCGGUCGAAGCAGGGCGACGGGCGGACCAAAGCGCGGACGGCGGCUGGCCCUGACGGGCCGCCCCGGCGCGCGUGGCCGUCGGGUCGGAGGAGAGGCCGGCUGGUCGCGCCGGGGUCGGAGUAGAGGCGCUCGGGGUCGACGGCGGCGGUGGGCGACGCAAACCGAUCAAGAAUAGAUCAGAAAACCAAAAAGAAACCGCGCGAUCAAGAUGACCGGCGGUAGAGAGAAAACCCUGGAGCAAGGCUCGGGGAAAAGACUCUCUAGGGCAGCCGGUCAACACGACCGGCGGACGAACCCUAGGUACGGGCGGCGCGGCACCCGCCGACGGUCAUGGAGGCCGACCGCCCCGGGGGCGACGCGCGGGUGAGGAAGCGGCGGCGGCUAGGGUUUAGGAUCGACUUGCGAUAGUAUAAUGUAUCCGAGCCAAGAGGUCUUGGGUUCAAGACCUCUUGGCUCGGAUACCAUGUUAGAAGGGAGAGAGGGAUUCGGUGGAAUAGUUCGUUGUAUUGCUUGAGCCUCGUGGGCAUAUAUAUAGGAGUACAAUGACCAACUUGGAGUACAAGACAAGGUAGGAACAAAUCCUAGUCUAUCCUAUACUUCCUAAUAUACAUUAUACUCAACAUUACUAAUCUUACAUCCACAAUAAUGACUUGGUUUGAUACUUGAAAAACAUUUGUUCUGCCAGUGGCAAGUUAGAAAAAUAAUAAUUUGAGUUUAUUUCAUCUUUGCUGGUUAAAUGUAUUCGAACAUAUGAAUAGCCAUGAUCCUUUUUAUUGCUAGAGUUUAUUAGUAUGGCUAUAUUUUAUUUUAUCCGAUAUGGCAUGGAGCGAGCUUAAGCAUAAUUUUAGGUAACCUGCCCCUUCAGGUCAGGUCAGCUAAUAGUCUGAGAGCGCAUAUUCUUCAUUUUUAUGACACUAGUGAGUAAAUUCUUUUUUGAGAAUAUUCUCUUUAUUUGAUAGUAGAUGGGUAUAUGUUUAUCUACUCAUCGUCAUGAUAUAUUAAACCCGAGUUAUUUUCCUCAAAUUAUAUAUGUGUGCUUAUCCAAAUAUCUCAUCGAUUUCCCCUCGUAUCUACUUAAUCUGAUACGAAUGGUACUAUUAGUGCAUAGCUGCAGUGCAGAUGUUUCUCAAGACGAGAUACAUAAUGGUUGGAAUGCCCCCUUGUAGGCACGGGCAUUGGUGGUGGACAUGAUGGGACUAAACUUUUGCACAAUACCUAAGAUGAUUGGUCAGAUGGAUAUGCUAGUGUGGUGUAUUAAUAGAGUAAGUAAGCUUAUCUUUAAAUAGUAGCACAAUGAAAUAUUUCCCUUUCUUUUGCUUCAUUGAUAAUUUCUGUUUACUUUUACGGGUUGCAACAUUGCAUUUGCUAUUUUUGUGGCUACGAAUCCAAGCGUGAUUUGUAAGUUGUCCCCUGUACACGAGUAAUUGAUGCCCAACAAUACUGAGCAUUUGGCUUUGAACUUCGUUUUUUUAAACUAGGGCCUAUAUAAAUUGCCAUCUCACAUUGCUGUUCACUGGGAUUGUUGUAAUGCCGAGUGCUUGGUUGCAAUUUUUUAAUAAUCUUACUUGAUAUAUCUGGUUGUUUUCAGUAACUCUAUAGUUUAUUUUUUUCUCAUCCUCACUAAUUACUCCCUCCGUUCCUUAAUAUAAGACCUUUUAACUACUCCCUCCGUUCCUAAAUAUAAGUCUUUGUAGAGAUUCCACUAUGAACUACAUACGGAUGUAUAUAGAUGCAUUUUAGAGUGUAGAUUCACUCAUUUUGCUCCGUAUGUGGUCCAUAGUGAAAUCUCUCCAAAGACUUAUAUUUAGGAACGGAGGGAGUAUUUCAAAAUAUUGACUACAUACAUACUAAAAUGAGUGAACAUACAUACUAAAAUGUGUCUAGAUACAUCCGAAUCAAUAAAAAGCUAAAAGGUCUUAUAUUAGGAAACGGAGGGAGUAUUUGAGAUUGAAAACAUGCAAAACAUUAAAGCUAAAUCUUGCAAAUACAAUUUUGAGAUAGUAUCGAACUUAUAACAUUCUCACUAUAGUUUUUCACCCUCAGUUUGUAACUAAAAUUUACAUAUCAGAUUUCUAAAUCCAAAGUGAGAACUGUUUACUAUACUACGUUAAGGUUUUAUGUUUACAUUUUUUCAUAAGAGAAUAAUAAAUCUGAACACAUAGUUUUUGUUUUUACCUUGGCUGCCUUGACUAUGGUCUUCCCUAAUACCUUUGUUAAACCUCUUCCAAGAUUCACCUCGCAUACAUCCCUUAUGCUCUAUCCAUUCAGACCAAAGUACCUAAAUCAAAGGUCUUCCACCUCGAGAACUUUUGGGUUGACCACCCAGGCUUCAGAGUUAUUCCAACAAGCUUGGAGUCUCCCUUCGAAACACUGAGACGGCAGAGGCACAUCUCUUAUAUUUUCUACUCCCUCCAUUCCAAAAUAAGUGUCGUGGUUUUAGUUCAAUUAGAGGAGCCUUUAAAAUCCGGAGCAGAAAUCCUUCCUGCCUCUCAUCGCUAUUGCAAAUGUGAACUUAGUCGUCAACCUUAUCAACGGACUUGAAGAACAAAGGCCUAUUCUUGACUUUAGGAAUUUGCCAACCCCUAUAUAUCACCUCUGAACUGAUACGGAAUCUGCUAUUUUUGACUCUUUAGUUAAAUAUACGUAUCACAAUGUAAUCUGCUGUACAUGGCAGUCAUCAUUGGAGUGGAAUAGUGAAUCAUGACUGAACAAGGAGCAGUUCCAUCCAAAUAAAUAUCAUCUUUUGAAUGAAGGCAAUAUAAAUUGCUAUAAGUGGAACACUUACACAGUCAAUUUUAGUCUUGAUCAAUGGGGUGCAGAAGGAAGACGAUGGGCAACGAUGGUGGCGAAGCUCCAGCAUGCAGCGGCACCUACCUAGCUCGUAUAUUCCGUAUAUGAGGAACAGUACAACCUUGUUUGACAAAUGACAUUGAUUAUUGCUCCGCAGGCGCAGAGAUGGCCUGUUGGGCGUAGGCUCUUCCGUUCUGUGUGCCCGAGAUGUAGAAAUGGCUUGUUCGGCUGAGAUCAUUUGGUGUGGUCCCUCUUCGUACUACUCGUAGCGCGCACCGGUGAACUGAUCUAUGCAGUGGGCUUGUAAAAAAUUAAUUGCGUAAGUUGCUGACUUGUAGAAUUAUUAUGUUGAAACUCUUAUCCUGUCCUGGCUAAUGAAUGUUGGAUGUUGAACUGUAA